GCCCGGGUCUGACCGGCCUCCCAGCCGGGGUCUGGGUUGACGCUCCGUGCUUCAGCGCUGCCUCAUCCCCUCUUCACUGUUUCUUCUCGGGGCAGGGACGCCCGUAGUUAUUGGCAGAUCAUGGAGGGAGCUGGAAAAGGCACCGUGUCCCUCUUGGCUUCGCUUUAAAAUGGGGGCUUCGGUUUAGCUGCAGCAGCUCUGAGGGUUCCAGCUCUGGCAUUCUGUGAUAACCGGAUGCUGAGGGAAGAGGGACGCUGCUUUCCCUUUUGCUUACUGCAGAUCUGCCUAAAAGUGGGGGAGGGAUGGGAUCCUCUGGAAAACUAUGGCAGCCCCGGGAGGAGGCUAACCCUUAAUCUUUACACCUGCGGUAUUUAAGCUCGUGUUUAAAGCAGAAUUCAAAACCACAAGGGAGAUGAGCCACAGAAAAAGGAAACUGUGGUAGAGUCUGGACCGUUCGAGAGUCUCAAGCCCUCGAGAGAAGACCAUCUAGAUGGGAUGAGCAGGGUCUGUUUUGGCAGCGGAGAUUGUGGCAAUGAGAAAGUUCAACAAUGUGUAGCACUCCUGGAUUAUUAAAGAGGGGAAAAACACGGAACUACCUCUACCCGAUCUGGUCACCAUACGCCUAUUACCUUUACUGUUACAAAUACCGGAUCACCCUCCGGGAGAAGAUGCUGCCUUGUUAUAAAAGCAUCAUAUAUAAGGAACGGGAGGACUUGACACUCCGGCCCCGUUACUGCCUUCAGUGCUCCGAGUCCCCAGCAGGCCUCCAGGGGGUCAGAAGCACCGAGCAGGGUGACCACGACCAGCUUAAAGAAUUAUACUCGGCUGGGAACCUGACGGUGCUGGCUACUGACCCCCUGCUUCACCAGGAUCCAGUACAGUUAGACUUCCACUUCCGCUGCACCCCCCAAACCUCUACCCAUUGGCACGGCCUUCUCUGUGAUCAUCGACUCUUCCUGGAUAUCCCAUAUCAGGUCUUGGAUCAAGGCAACUGGGAAAGUUUGACUGCCACACUGGAGUAUGUGGAGGAGAAGACCAACGUGGACUUGGUGUUUGUAAGCUUCCAAAAUAACCGGAAUGACAGAGGUGCCCUGCUACGGGCCUUCAGCUACAUGGGCUUUGAGGUGGUCAGACCAGAUCACCCUGUCCUCCCUCCCUGGGACAAUGUCAUCUUUAUGGUGUAUCCCCUUGAAAGGGAACUUGGCCACCUGCCCAGUGAGCCUCCCUGAACAUGCCUAUUCCUGUUGAGGGGCUGGGAGCCUUGACCAGUGGGAACCAAGAUGUGAUUCAGGACACUUUCAUCCUAGAAAUAAAGGGUAGUGCAAUCAUCAAGUGUUCACUAUU